GCAAUAUCCAGCUCACGUGGGAGAUGCCUCGCGAUAGAUAAGGAGCGAUAACAAACACCCCGCCAUGGACUGGAACAGUGCAAAUCAAAUUUCCUACUAUCCGGUGCGAUACUACAAUCUCAAUCGAAAAGCACCAUAGAGUGGCAUUUCUACGAUGGCAUCGAGUGGUGAUAAUCUAAAUGGGGCUACAUCCGCCUCAUUUCGUCCCGCGUUGCUCGUGGUUGAUAUGCAAGAAGACUUUUGCCCGCCCAAUGGCACUUUAGCCAUCCAAGGCGGCCGCACCCUCGCUCCAGUCAUCAACUCCCUCCUCUCCCUCCCAGGCUUCGCCGUCAAAAUCUCCACACAAGACUUCCACCCGACAUCCCAUAUAUCUUUCGCCGCCAAUCAACCGGCCCCCAACAACAUCCCAUUCCAAUCUACCACGACCCUAACAAACCCCGCCACAGGCCGGGAGACAGAGACAAAGCCGCAACGCCUCUGGCCGGUCCACUGCGUCGCCAACACGCCGGGCGCAUGCAUCAUCCCCGAAAUCGAAGCGGAUAAGAUUAGCGUGAAUAUCCGUAAGGGCAUGGAUGCGCGGAUGGAGAUGUAUUCCGCGUUUGCAGACGCAUUUGGGAAUAACGACUGUGUCGAGACGGGGGGCGUGAAUAUGGAUCUUGCUGCGGUGUUAAGGGAGCAUCAGGCGUCGGAUGUUUUCAUUGUGGGUCUUGCGGGGGAUUACUGCGUCAAGGACACGGCUGUUGAUGCGGUGGAUAGAGGGUUUCGUUGUUUUGUAGUGGAGGAGGGGACGAAAUGUAUCGACCCGGGCAAGGGGUGGGAAGCGGCCAAGCAGGAGAUGGAAGAUCAUGGGGUGAGGAUUGUGAAUAUUGAUGGGCCGGAGGUAGGGCAAGUUAGGACAUUAUUACCAGUGUGCAGUUAGUUAUUUAUGACUUGAAAUGAUGGGGUUUAGGAGGGAACUGGUUGUCUUUUUGAGCAGCUGGAGUUUUCGUUGGGAUUGGGUUUUUAUUGCUUAUUUUCUAUGUUAUAGCUAGCUAUAUACCACCAUUGCAAUUCAUUCUGGGGGCUACUCCUGAGUCCUGAGUACGCCAAACUCCCGAGACCA